GACUGGCACUCUGUCGGGAAUUGUCAGCCCGUCUUGAAGCUGGCAUAAAAACGCAUCGCACGCAUUCGCAGCUCGUUAGUUGAGGAUUUUCUGGCGGCCAAUCAAAAUGUAUAACUGGAGAAGUCAUACCUGGAUGGCCAUAGCAAUUGCUCUGGGCCAUAUUGCUGCCGGUGGCGGCGAUCCAUUGCCCGAUAAGCUGCAGCGCUGCCGCGUGGACGAUGAGGCGUGUAUUUUGCGGCAAACGCAGACCUAUGUGCGUCUCUACAAGAAUGGGAUACCCGAGCGGAAUGUGCCCAGCAUUGAUCCCUUCCAGCUGGGCACGCUGAGCAUCAAUAGCGGCGGUGACACCGAUUCCGUGCAGUUCAAUCUGAUCAUGAGCAACACCACUUUGCACAAUUUUGCCGAUACUGUGAUUUUCAAGAGCGCCAAGGGCUUUACCAAGGAUCUGAACAAGCCCCUAAAGCUGCUCUGGAGCGUCACCCUGCCGGCCGUCGAGUUGCGUGCCGAUUAUGAGGUUGAGGGCAAAAUCCUGAUUCUGCCCAUCGUUAGCCAUGGUAAACUUGUCAUCAAGCUGAACGAGAUGCAGUCCAGGUCGCGCAUUCGUGCCACACCCGAGAAACGAGCCGAUGGACACACCUAUCUGAAGGUCACCGAAUACAAGUCGGUCGGCAAAGUGGCCUCUGGACACUUUAAUUUGACCAAUCUGUUCAACGACAAUGCUGAACUGCGGGACAGCACACUGAAGGUGCUCAACGACGAGUGGGAUGCUCUUUCAGCGGACAUACAGCCCAAGAUAACGGAGGCCUCGGAUCGUUUCCUUUCAGUAGCAUUGCAAAAACUCUUGGACACUUUGCCAUAUGAUGAAUUCUUUAAAGACUAAAGAGUCAAAUGUAAUUUAAUAACAUUUUUAAACAUAGAUAUAUUGUGAUCUGUAUAUGUGUUUGCUUUUCCACUGUGAAUAAAAGAUAACACCUGGCCAGUCUUGAA